AUACAUAGAUACAUAGAACCCUAGUGACUUGAGAAAAAAGAAACCGAGCGUGUGAUAUUUGAGAUAGAUAGGGGGUGGAGUUGGAGAACGAGGAAGGAUGUUAUGGAAGAUUUCGAGGAGAAAGUGAAAAUAACGGAAGCCAUGGAUACGGAUGUUGAUCAAAACAGCCGCCUCCAAAUCGUCUCCUUGCUUCGCCAGUUUCUUGCGGUUCAGCAGCGGAGAGCGGAAGCUUACGCAAAACUCAAAAAAGGAUUUACUGAAUUGGGAGAUUCCGCUUACCAACAACUUUGCAACGAGAUCACAGUGGAAUUUAGCGACUGUUCGAAGGAGGUCCUUGCAUUGGAGUCAACGUUUCUCAGUCCCGAUUAUUGCCGAAAUGACUUAGCUUCUUUGCUGAGAUCUGUUCAAGUUCAGGAAAAGCAAAAGCUGCAUCUGACUGCAACGGUUCAGGUUCUGAAGAAAGCCGGUCGACCAUCAGAGCGUCUGGUGAGCCAUGAAAACUGCAAGUUCAGAAAUCAGCAUGAAUGUGUGCAUGUUCAUGAGAUAACCGAAGCUGCUGGAACAGAAGAAGCGGAAGCUGAUGCGGAAUAUGAUAAUGCCAUGAAGGAAGCCAUUCAGGGGGUGCAGGAUGCAGUCACCACCAUUAAUGAGCAUCUUGAAGAAGUUAGGUAUGAGAUUGCUGCCCUUGAAGAAAAUUGAUUGAUUUUCAACCAGCUGGUACAAACUAUAGUUGCCUUUUUGUCGACACUUUGUUCAAGUUUUUUGUAGUGAUAUACGUACAUAAAUAAUUGUAUGAAUUUUGCGUGUUUUAUUCGAUCUUAAACGGUCAAAACAGUAACAUAAACCAAGUGAAGCUCAAAGAAGAAACAGAUUAAAUCGAUAGAACAGCUUGAAAAUCGCGGUAUUUUCCUUUUCAACAUCA